UGGAAACUGAACCAGAGACAAACAGCUGCUCAGCUCCCAGCUGGAGUUUCACCUGAACUUCACCUGAACCGGCACCGACUGCACACACAGGAGGAAGAGGAGGACGAAGGAGGUGAGCAAGGAUGAGGAGGAGAGGGGAGCAGAGGGAGGACAAUGCCACCCUCAUAACCAUGGAAACCAAUCUGGAGAAAAACUACGGCAGCAUCACCACGAAUGCAGCUGCUCAGCGUCCGGACAGGAACGUCUUCAGCGCCGGGUCGACUCGAGUUGAUUUCGUGCUGGCGUGGGAGGAGCCUCUGAGCUCACAGGAGGAGGAGAGCACAGGCGUUAACCCCGCCCACCUGAAGUGGAGGGCGUCAUUUCUGAAAAAACUGAGACGCUCAGGACUGCUGCUGGAGCAGAAGGAGGUCCUCCGCACGAAGGAGAAGAUCUGUUUUGUCCUCCUCAGUGCUCCAUGGAGCGUCCUCUGUUACUACGCUGAGGAGAUCAGUCUCAGGGUCCCUCUGCAGGAGGUCAACGCUCCCAUCACCAACUGGUCGGCGCAGGUUCUGUCCCAGCUGUCCCUCUCCAACCCUCUGUCUCAGGACGUCCCCAACACCCCCCCCGACUACUACACCUGUCAGUUCAGGACCAACAAGCUGCAGAGGUUUCUGGGGCACGACAACAGAGAGACGUUCUUCAAGACGACUCAGAGACACCAGGUGCUGUAUGAGAUCCUGGCCAGGACUCCGUACGGUUCGGUGAAACGGGGGGAGGUGGGAAUCGACCGACUGCUGGCUGAGCAGGUCUUCACUGCUGCCUACCCGCUGCAUGAGGGUGGUUUCGAGCUGCCGAGCGACUCGGUGCCUCCGGAGUCUUUGGGUCUGAGACAGAUCUUGUACUCGCACUGGGCCAAGUGGUCCUCCUGGAGACGCUACCAACCUCUGGAUCACAUCAGGGAAUACUUCGGAGAAAAGAUAGCGCUGUAUUUUGCCUGGCUCGGUUUCUACACCGGCUGGCUGCUGCCGGCGUCGCUUGUCGGGACAGUGAUCUUCGUGUUUGGGUUCUGGCUCAUGGCCACUGACGUUCCAGCGAAGGAGUUGUGUGAGAGUGGAGGCAGCUUCAUCAUGUGUCCUCUCUGUAACAUCUGCUCCCUAUGGAACUACUCCAGCAUCUGUGUCACCUUCAAGGCAGGUAUCAUGUUUGAUAAUGGAGGGACAGUGUUCCUUAGUGUCUUCAUGUCUCUGUGGGCCGUCACCUUCCUGGAGUACUGGAAGAGAACCUGUUCAGCUCUGGCACACCGCUGGGACUGUUCCGAAUUCCAGGACAUUGAGGAGCGUCCUCGUCCAGAGUUCACGGCCUUGGCGCCAAUGACCACGCGGAACCCGGUGACCGGAGCAGAGGAACCAUACUUUCCUGAGAGUAAACGCAUCAACAGAACUCUGACUGGCUGCAUGGUCAUCGUCGUCAUGGUUGUGGUCGUGCUGAUGUUCCUCAUCGCCAUCAUUCUGUACCGCACCAUCCUCAGAAUCAUCAUCUACAAGUCCAACAGCUUCUUAACCUUCUCUGCCGGGAGGAUAGCCAGUAUCACAGGAUCUGUGUUGAACCUGGUGGUCAUUCUCAUGUUGUCCAAAUUUUACACGUCGCUGGCCCACAUACUCACACACUGGGAGAUGCAUCGGACUCAGAGUAAAUAUGAAGACAUGUUCAUCCUCAAAGUUUUCAUCUUCCAGUUCGUCAACUUCUACUCGUCUCCGGUUUACAUCGCCUUCUUCAAAGGCAGGUUCAUCGGUUACCCUGGAAACUACCAGACUCUGUUUGGAGUUCGUAACGAAGACUGUGGAGCAGGUGGAUGUCUGAUUGAACUGGCUCAGGAGCUGCUCAUCAUCAUGGUGGGAAAACAGCUGAUCAACAACGCCCAGGAGUUCAUCUGCCCGAAGCUGAAGUCAUGGUGGCAGAACAGGAAGACGGGUGGUCGGCUGAAGGAGGUGAAGAAGGAGGAAGGAGUGGAGGCUCAGUUGGAGGUGAAGAAGGAGGAAGGAGUGGAGGCUCAGAGGGAGGUGAAGGGGGAGGAAGAGGAGGAGGUGUCUCCCUGGGAGGCAGAUUACCAGCUGCUCGUGUGUGAGGGACUCUUCAGCGAAUACCUGGAGAUGGUGAUUCAGUUUGGUUUCAUCACCAUCUUCGUGGCGGCGUGUCCCCUCGCUCCGCUCUUCGCCCUCAUUAAUAACUGGGUGGAGAUUCGUUUGGACGCUCAGAAGUUUGUUACUGAAUAUCGCCGCCCAGUGGGGGAGCGCGCUCAGGACAUCGGCAUCUGGUUUCCCAUCAUGCAGUUCAUCACACACGUGGCCGUCCUCUGCAACGCGUUUCUCAUCGCGUUCACCUCGUCCUUCGUACCCCGUCUGUACUACCGCUACACCAGAGACAGCACGCUGAGCGGCUUCAUCAACUUCACUCUGGCAACAUCACCACGCAACUACAGCCGUGAACACACACCCUGCAGGUACCGGGGUUUCAGAGAUGAAAACGGCGAAUACCUCCCGGAGUACUUCCACCUGCUGGCCAUUCGCCUGACGUUCGUCAUCGUGUUCGAGCAUGUGGUGUUCUUCAUCGGGCGUCUGAUUGACCUGAUGGUGCCUGACAUCCCAGAGGAGGUGGAGAUGAAGAUGAAGAGGGAGCACUACAUGGCUAAAGAGGCACUGGCUGAGAACCAGUCUUUGGGGAAAUCCAUGAUUCCUAGUGAAAGGGAUUCCUCGUGCAGCGACCUGCGACAGCGUCCGUCUUUACGACCACCGCAGAGCGACUCCCCUCCGCCAAACCUGAAGGAGAUCCCAGAGGAACCUGACCCAUCAGAAAGGUGCUGAAAUAUGUUGCACAAGUGAACUCUGUGCUGGAUGUCCUACCUCUGCCUCGACGUCCUGAUCUACUAGACUGAACUUCUUACGAUCAACCUCUCGGACAGCUCUAUAAGACCACUGUGAGACCUCUUCAAGGUCUACAAGAACUGGGUUGAGUCUUACAAGUCCUACAAGAACAUCACAAGAUCUAAAAGACCAUUGUAAAAGACACUUCAAGACUGCUGCUGGAUAUGUAGGGGUUCAACCAGACCAGAUCUGGAAGACUCCUGCUUGACCUUUAGAACAUCUACUAAGGUUGAGUUGAACCUCUACACAUCCUUAAAAAGCUCUUCAAGAGGUCUACAAGACCUUCAGCACCCCCUCCACAAAGAUCUCCACAAAUAUCUCCACGAGUGUCCUUAAAGUAAAUGAGAGCUUUUCAAAGCCCCAAGAUUUCUGCGAUGUUUCCACAUGAGCUUUUCAAGAAGCCAACAUGGCCUUGGUCCUGUGUUCUUUACUUACGAGACGUGUUUGUGACUUGGAGGAAGCCCACGAGAACAAGAACUUUAAAGAGCCCUAAAACCUUUCAGAAGGGUGCUAUGAGACCCUUAGUGCACUUAGUGUUUGUGCACUUUUACAGGCUGCAACCUUUAUGCCCUUGCCCUAUCAGUAGCUGUGGCUGGAGGCAUUUUAUGUUCAGAUUGUCUGACCAUCCCAUUCUCAUUAAUGUAAAAUCUCGAGAACACCUCAUGGGAAUUUCUUCAAAUUUGGCUCAAACGUCCACUUGGACUCAAAACUUCUUAGAAUUUAGUGAUCAAAGGUCAAAAGUCAAAGUCACUGUGACCUCUUUUGUCUCAUUCUUGACAACACGAUAUCUCAAGAAGGCCUUGACUGAAUUUCCUUAAAUUUGGCACAAACAUCCACUUGGACUCAAAAACUGAUUAGAUUGAGUGGUUGAACAUCACUGUGGCCUCACAAAACAUUUUUGGCCAUAACUCCAGAAUUCAUAUGUUGUCCUCCUGAGGGAUCAGGGUAAUACCUGACACGGUGGACGUUCCCUCAUUGUUACAUAUAUUUAUAAAUUAUAUUUCACCGUAUUUCAAAAGUCAAUUCAGUGAUUGAAUCAAAUAUAUAUAUAUAUAUAUAUAUAUAUAUAUAUUUUUUUUUUAAAAAGAACAGCUGUUGAUGUUGGUGAAAUAGAAAAUCCUUCACGUGCGCUGUCACUGCAGGAACCUUCAGGAUGGAGCCACUGCAGCGCUGCUGAAAAUGAAGUCUUCAUUUCAGCUUUCCCAGAUCUUCUCUUCUAUGUGUCUCCUUUUCUCAGAGAAUAAUUCAGCGUCAUUAAUACAAAAUAAAUUGUUUCAUGGUGGCCUUCAGCCUGAUACCCAGCCUUCGUUGAUCUGGUUUUAUUAUCUCAUUAAUCAUUUUUUUGUCCAGUAGCAAUGACUGAUACGAUGUGUGUCAUUUAUUUUUGUGCCACCACAAUAUGCCGUUUGGAUUGUGUAAUUUUUGCCAAAUUAAAAUCAUUUUUAUUCUUGUAAAGUUAAAUCUGUUUUUAGAUACUGUAUGUUUAGAUUCAGACUCUUUUCUGUUUUCUUAGAGGAACAAACUUUUAAUCAGGUUUUUUGAAUAUUUAAACAGCCUUUGUGCAUUUAUUAAAUCGACAGUUUUAUGGAGCUAGAUCAGAGCCAAAGGUUUGAUCAUUUAAAAAAAAUGAACGUAAUUGAGAAACUGAAAGUUAAGUUUUGAUCUUGAAUUGUGAAAUAUACAAUGGUGUAUCUCAAACAAAAAAAAAAAAAUUGUACAUUAGUGAAGGAAACAUGUUUUUUCAGGUGAAAUAGAAUUUUGAGUCGGUUCUGAAAUUCUUUUAAAUAAAUUAUUUACACAUUUUUCUCUGUUAUAUCUAUUUUAAUAUUUGAGCUCUCUUUUUUUUUCCAGUUGCAGAUUUAAUGUUUUCAGAUUCAUAUAAUCUCCUGAAGGCAACAAGAUCCCACAACCCUCUGUGCAGAUUAAUCAAUAAUGAAAAGAAUCAUCUCUGUUCAGAAUAUUAUUCAGUCAGUGCUGCAGGAAGUACUCGGAUCCUUCACUGCAGUAAAAGUACUAAUACCACACUGUGAAAAUACUCCAGUGAAAGUCCUGCUUUGAAAAUGUGACUGCAGUUAAGAAAUACUUUACUUAGACCUAAAGUAUAUGUAUAUGUUUAGGUAAAGUACAUAUCUGGAAAAUGUAUGUAAGUAUUAAAAGUAAAAGUACUUAAUGUUAAAAUGUUUUGAUCAACUUAAUAAAUCAAAAUAAUUAAACUAAUUCAAUCAACUAAUUGUUUCAGAUGCACUUGUUUAUUUUUUAUAUUUUUGGUUUAUGUGUAAAAAAAAGUAAAGUAAGUCAAGUUAUCAAAGAACUGUAGUGGAGUAAAACUAGAAAGUGGAAUGAGAUUCAAAUACAGUACCUCAGGUUUAUACCUCAGUACUUACAGUGCCACCA